UUGUUUAUUUUAAGGAACUGGUCCUGUUCGGCUGAAUUUGUAACAGAGCUCACAAGAGUUUGUCACUGAGUUAGCAGAAAUGCCUGUCACCUUGCAAUCUCCGCCUUCAGCAGCAGCGUUCUCUUCCGCCGCUGCAUCAUCUUCCAUUCACCGGAGGAUCCAUUCCACUCCGCCGCCGACUCUACCCUUCAAAUCCCAAAGGUCCUUCCCUCUCAUUCGCGCUUCCUCUUCCUCCAUCAACACCGCUUCGAUCACUGAAUUGGAUGCUGUAUCUGCCUUCAGCGAGAUCGUUCCAGACACUGUCAUCUUCGAUGAUUUCCAAAAGUUUCCUCCAACUGCUGCCACUGUCAGUUCAUCGCUUCUCUUGGGUAUAUGUGGACUUCCAGAUACCGUUUUCAGGAAUGCUGUGGAUAUGGCUUUGGCUGACUCUGAAUGUAAUGGGCUGCAAAAUCCUGAGGCAAGACUGUCUUGUUUUGUCAACAAGGCCUUAGUGAAUGUCGGUACUGACUUGGCGAAGCUUGUCCCUGGCCGUGUUUCAACAGAAGUGGAUGCUCGUCUUGCGUAUGACACACAUGACAUAAUUAGAAAGGUGCAUGACCUGUUGAAGUUGUACAAUGAUAAUAAUGUUCCUCCUCAACGUCUGUUGUUUAAAAUCCCCUCAACAUGGCAAGGAAUAGAGGCUGCAAGAUUGCUGGAAUCCGAAGGAAUACAGACACAUUUGACUUUUGUUUACAGCUUUGCUCAAGCUGCUGCUGCGGCUCAAGCUGGUGCUUCUGUUAUACAAAUUUUUGUUGGCCGCAUCAGGGACUGGGCACGUAAUCAUUCGGAUGACAAAGAGAUAGAAUCUUCCAAGCUAAGAGGAGAAGAUCCCGGGUUGACAUUGGUUACAAAAGCUUACAAUUAUAUUCACAAGUAUGGACAUAAGUCAAAGUUGAUGGCAGCAGCAGUUCGCAACAAGCAGGAUCUAUUUAGUCUUCUGGGGGUUGACUAUAUCAUAGCUCCGUUGAAGGUGUUGCAGUCUCUCAACGAAUCUGUUGCUUUUCCUGAUGAGAAGUACUCUUUUGUUAGGAGGCUAUCCCCUGAGUCUGCUUCCCGCUACUUGUUUAGUGAUGAAGAGCUUAUUAAAUGGGACCAAACUAGCCUUACAGAAGCCAUGGGGCCAGCAGCUGUGCAGCUUCUGGCUGCUGGACUGGAUGGUUAUGCUGAUCAAGCAACUCGGGUGGAAGAGUACUUUCGGAAAAUUUGGCCACCACCAAAUGUAUAAUUUGACUUCUUUAUGUCGCUCGAGUAGAACUUUUGCCUGAUGGAAUAACAGAAUGUACAACAAAUGAAAGGGAAUCAUCCUUCCUUUGUUUUUUUUAUUUUCCCCUUUAACCUUGAACUCUUGAACAAUUUCCUUCCAUGUAAAGCACACGGUUCCUUAAAUCUAAAUCCCAUCAAACUUGAGGAAGAAUGGGAAAAAUAUCAUAUCCUAUAAUCUAAACGGAUUCAAGGCAUAUAUAUACAAGGCAUUCUAAGCAA